CGACAUCUCGCAAAUAAGCUCCCCCAGUUAUCAAGUGCCAUUCGAGCCGAGCAUCGAAUUCUCUCCAUCCCAACUCAACGACUGCCUCUGAACAGUAGUCACAGAGUCCAAUUCUCUACCUCUCCCUCCUCUUCAUUCAUCCCUUCAUUGACCAGUCAAUUGGCUUCUGAGCAACCCAAAAUGACCGCCCAAAGCAGCAACCAGAACUUCCGGUUGGAAAACCUCUUCAACGUCAAGGGCAAAGUGGCCCUCAUCACCGGCGGCGGAUCCGGAAUCGGGCUCAUGGCCACGCAAGCGCUCGCCGUCAACGGCGCCAAAGUGUACAUCACCGGGCGCACCGGCUCGAAACUCGACCGCGUCGUCGAGCUCUACGGCCGAGACAUCCCGGGGCAGAUCAUCCCGAUCACAGCAGACAUCACCGACAAGCAGGCGGUGGAUCAACUCGUGCAGGAGAUCAGCCAGCGCGAGGAGUACCUCUCGAUCCUGAUCAACAACGCCGGGAUCAGCAGCCAGACGCAGACGACGGAGCACGAGGACGCAGAUAAGCUGCGGCAGAGCCUGUUCGAGGAGACGACGGACGUGGCGGAAUGGGACCGCGUGUUCCGCACGAACGUGACGCAGCUGUUCCUGACGACGACGGCCUUCCUGCCGCUGCUGCAGAAGGGGUCGGAGCAGGAGCGCGGCUGGUCCAGCACCGUCGUCAAUAUCUCCUCCAUCUCCGGCAUCGUCAAGGUCUCGCAGCAUCAUUUCGCGUACAAUGCGUCCAAGGCUGCGGCUAUCCAUUUGACGAAGAUGUUGGCGCAUGAGGUGCAGUCGUCGAAGCUGCGUAUCCGGGUGAAUAACAUCGCUCCGGGCGUCUUCCCGAGCGAGAUGACGGCUGGCGAGAGCGAUGAGGCGCAGAAGAAUGUCAUCCCCAAGGAGCGGUACGAGCAGAAGGUGCCGGCUGCUCGGCCGGGCAAGGAGGAGGACAUGGCGAGUACGGUGCUUUUCACGACGACGAAUCAGUAUCUGAAUGGGCAGACGGUCGUGGUCGAUGGUGGGUACGUGUUGGCUGCGGGCUCAGUCUAGGGGGGUGAUAGCUCCAGUAAAAGUAAGGAUGUGUGAUUUCAAAUUCUG